CUGCGAGUCACACAUCACUCACAACUCACACCCGACUCACAUCAUCGAGGCUCGAAACAGCAAAGAGAAAAAAAAAAUUGGGACUUUUCUGCUCUGGUUUUCUGCAAAAAGAACAGCUUUUGUUCUCUUUAGCACUUUCUUCUGCCCAGUUCUUGUCUUUACGGGCAAGAAUAAGCUGCUAUCUCACUCGUCAUGAGUGCUUCAACCGCGCGCCAGGGGGGUGGCAAGCAGUUCCAUAACCGCUCGAAUCAAAGACACCAGCAACAGCACCAGCACUCGCGUUUCGACAACAACGGCACCGCAAAGCCCGCCAAAUCGCCCUCGGUCUUGCAGAAAUCUGUGCAGAAGCCGAAGCAGCACCGACCGCUGUUGAUCCCCGUGCAGCCGCUAUGGCACGCCGCGGAUCUGCUUGACGAGCUCGUCGUUGCCGAUUCGUUCGCGACUGCAGAUGAGCUGUCCGCCGAGGCUAAGGCCGAGCUGCUCAAGGCCGGUCUCGAAGAGCUCGAGACAGAGACAGAGGCGUAUCUCAGCCAGGCUGGCAAGUCGUCGUCGCAGCGCCAGUUCUUUACCGAGAUUGCGACCGCCGGUACGCUCUCUGAUCGGAUCUCGGCGCUCACGCUCGUGAUCCAAGAAUGCCCGCUGCACUCGACGCGGUCACUCAACGGCCUGAUGGCGCUGGCAAAGAAGAAGAAUAGGACGGCGGCGUUGCAAGCAGUCGAGUCGCUCAGGGAUCUGUUUGGCGCGGGAAACGUGCUGCCCGACCGGAAACUCGUGUGGUUCACGAACCGCGACAACGCCGCGCUCGCGAUGCUCUACGCCGCCGUCGUCAAGCACGCACCGCUGGAUGCAAAGGCAGUCAAGCUCGCAAAGCAGUGGACUUUGCUCUGGGCGUUCGAGGACUGGCUCAAGCAGCUCUACUUUAGCUUCGUGCAGCUUCUCGAGCAGCUCUCGCACGACGCGAUCGUGCACGUGCGGACGAGCGUGCUGGGCGACUUGGUCGAUCUGAUCCGCGACAAGCCCGAGCAGGAAGUGAACCUGCUGCGACUGAGCGUGAACAAGCUCGGCGACGCCGACAGACGGGUUGCGUCGCGCGCGUCGCACCUGCUGCUCACGCUCGAGCAGGCGCAUCCGGCGAUGAAGCGCGUGAUUGUGAAUGCGAUUUCCGAGCUCGUGUUUCGGCCCGGUGCGGAUUACCACGCGCGGUAUUACAGCAUGAUCACGCUGAACCAGACGAUUGUUACAAACAAGGACAAGGACCUCGCCAACGUGCUCAUCGAGAUUUACUUCCAUGUGUUUGAGCGGCUGAUGGCGGAGACCAAGGCCGCGAAGGAAAACAAGGUCGAGGACAAGAAAGUGAAGAAGAAAGGCCGCUGGAAAUCCGACAAGAAAGCCGCGGUUCUCCAAGAGCAGCAAAAGAAGCACAAGGCCAAACCCUCGACGACGCAGCAGGCAGUCAAGCAAUCUCCCGAGGCGCUCGAGGAAGCAAACAUGCGGCUCGUGUCCGCCAUCCUUACCGGUCUCAACCGCGCGUUCCCCUAUUCGUCGCUCGACGAAGCCGUCUUCAAGUCGCACCUCAACGUGAUCUACGACGUCGCGCGGUCCGGCAACUUCAACGCGCGCGUGCAGGCGCUCAUGCUGCUCUUCCAGAUCACGUCCGCGAACCAGGUGCAGUCCGAUCGGUUCUACAACACGCUGUACGAGUCGCUGCUGGAUCCGAGAGUGAUUGUGUCGUCGAAGCAGGCGCUGUUUUUGAACUUGGUGUUCAAGGCGAUGAAGGCGGAUAUCAAACCCGAGCGCGUCAAGGCGUACGCAAAGAGACUUGUGCAGGUCGCGGCUGAGACUUUGAAUAUUGGAUUCUGCGCGGGUGUUAUUUAUCUCUUGAGUGAGAUUGAGAGUGCGAUGCCGUACUUGCGCACCCUGAUCACCGAUCCACCAGAUCUAGGCGACGACGCCGAGGAAGUUUUCAAAGACGUGCGCGACGAAGACGACGAGGAGAGCGAUCACGAGGAACAGAAACUCGUGAAAGCAGAGCCGACCGUGCUGACAUACAACGGCAAAACGCACGAUCCUCUACACUCCAACGCCUCUGCAUCGUGCUUGUGGGAACUUCUCCCCCUCACUCGCCACUUCCAUCCAACAGUGAACCACUUCGCGACGCACUACCUCGCCGGCACCGCGCCCGGCGCGCGACCUGACCUUGCGCUGCACACGCUCACGCACUUCCUCGACCGGUUCGUGUACAAGGCGCCCAAGACGAAAGCCAGCACUGCGCCGAGCGGCGGCGCGGGGAGUAUCAUGCAGCCUUUGGCGGGGAAUGCGGGGUAUGUUAGCAAGAACGUGCUUGUGCUGAAGACGAAGAGCGCGCGACGGGGGAUCGAGAGCGUGAAUGCUGUAGACUGGGCUGCGGAGGCGGAGAAGGCAAAGAGGAGUCAGUUGGGCGUCGGGCUGGACGAGCAGUUCUUUGCAAAGUACUUUGUGAGUAAGGGGGUUAAGCCGAAGAAGGACGCGGAGGAGGAGCAGGAGGAGGAGAAUGUGGAUAGCGAUGGGGAUAUCGCGGAUGAGAUUGAUGACGAGGAAGGGCAGGAGUUGGAUGAGGAUGAGGUGUGGAAAGCGAUGAUGAGGAGCGAUAAGGAGAUUGGGGAUCUUGCGGGUGAUGACGAGGAUGAGGAUCUUGAGUUUGAAGAUUAUGAGGAGGAUGAAAAUGAGGAGGCAGAGGAUGAGAACGAGGACGCCGAGGAAGAUGGUGUCGAGAGCGAUUUUGAAGACGACGAGAUCGACGACGACGACGACUCGGAAGAAGACCGCGCGUUGGCAGCCGCAUUCGCCUCCAGCGACGACGACGACGACGACGACGACGACGAGGAUUCUGAUGAAGAAGACGUGAUUGCCGGCGCCGACGACGACGACGAGAUGGCCGCUCUGUUUGCGCAAGAAAACGAAUCUCUAAACACAAAGGUCAGCAAGAGCAAGAAACGCACCGCCGCGGCCGACGACGACGUUGACGCUGAAGACGAGCCGAAGGAGAAGAAGAAAUCCGGGUCGAGAGAGAAACGGCGCAAGUUGAAGGAGUUGCCGAUGUUUGCUUCUGCGGAGGAUUAUCAGCAUUUACUCGGCGAUGAUUGAUUGUUAAAAGUUCAAAAGUAGAUAAUUUGUUUUGGGUUCUUUGCUCUUUUGCAUU